AGCAGCAGCAGCAGCAGCAGCAGCAGCAGCAGCAACAGCAACAGCAGCGCCCCGGGAGGAGGCUGAGGCAGAAGCGCUCCCGGCCAGCUCCUUCUAACAACGCCGCCGCCGCCCCCCUCAACCCCGCCCCCCUCCCCCCAGGACUCCCAGACAUGAACGCCACUGCGAGAAGUCUCCUUCUCUCCCUCUCCAUCCUGCUCCUCUGGAAGCUGGAUCGGUUCAGCGAAGCCUGUAGCUGCUCCCCCGUGCAUCCGCAACAGGCGUUUUGCAAUGCAGAUGUAGUGAUCAGAGCCAAAGCUGUCAGUGGGAAAGAAGUGGACUCUGGAAAUGAUAUUUAUGGAAAUCCCAUCAAAAGGAUUCAGUAUGAGAUCAAACAGAUAAAGAUGUUUAAAGGACCUGAUAAGGAUAUCGAGUUCAUUUAUACUGCUCCAUCCUCAGCAGUAUGUGGAGUCUCAUUGGACACUGGAGGAAAAAAGGAAUAUCUAAUUGCAGGAAAAUCAGAAGGAAACGGCAAAAUGCAUGUUACUCUCUGUGACUUCAUCGAGCCCUGGGAUACCCUGAGUACCACGCAGAAGAAGAGUCUAAAUCAGCGAUACCAGAUGGGUUGUGAAUGCAAGAUUUCUCGAUGCCCCAUGAUCCCAUGUUAUGUAUCUUCACCAGAUGAGUGCCUGUGGAUGGACUGGGUCACAGAGAAGAUCAUUUAUGGGCAUCAGGCAAAGUAUUUUGCCUGUAUCAAGAGGAGUGAUGGCUCCUGUGCAUGGUACCGUGGGGCAGCACCACCCAAGCAGGAGUUUCUUGAUAUUGAGGACCCAUAACUGGACUGGCAGAACCCUAACAGCCAAUAGAAAAGCCUCCAAGAGUUUAGACAGGUCCAACUCUGACAUUACUUCCAAGAAACAGCAUGAAAAUAUAAUCAUCCAAUUGUGUCAAAAUUAGGUGUGAUUUUUAUUUUCCUUUUUUUUUUUUCAAACAUGAUACUACAUCUCUAGGGAAAGGGAGAAGGAGGGCACAGAGUUCCCAUCCUAUCUAGACUCAGGCUAAGUGCUGUAUUUUUCAGUUCUCAUUCCUCAGAAUGAUAACCACCAGGAAAUUCCCUGGAAAUCUCUACCCCACCAGCACCCGUAUUUUGGAAUGUUGCAUUUAGCAGAAACCAAUGAGGUUCAUUGCAAGAUUCUGUGUAGCAGGCCUACCAGGUAUCUCUCAUCUUGAGUAGCAUGUCCCUCAUUUCAUAAAGCUUCCUUCCCCCCUGUUCUCACUAUGUCAGUCCCUACCUUUCCCAAAAGCCCUUCCUUUUCUUCCUUCCCACCCCCAUUUCCCUGUGUCUGUGCCUUUCAUAGGUUCUCAGAAUCUCAUGUCUCAGUAAGUGUCCAUGAAAUGCCAUUUGUACAACCAGCACCCAGACUUCUUGGUUUUGAAGGCACCUAAAACUUAUCACUCAACAGAAUGGAGCCCCAGGGACCCUGGAAAUAUGCAGAGGCAACAAAAUUUCCAGCUGAACACUGUUAUCAGUUUUAGUCUGUCUCCCACAGUGGGAAUCUGUUGGAUUCCACUCUAAACAUCAAAGACUUAUGAGGGAAGCGAAAUGAAGGAUGCUCUGGUCUAUAUACUUAGCUUUGAAUCCUGAGAGUUCCAUGGCAUGCCUUUGAAAAAGGCAUCUGCAGUUGUGCAGAUGACAUGGAUAUGUAGCAUUAGUGUUAAAGUUCCUCUAGACUCCCAAAGAGGUUGACAGUUGCCAUUUUGCUCUCAGGUUUCUGCAAAUGCUAUUUGGCUAGCAAUAUAGUCCUAUGAAUUCUUACAUAGGGAGGAAAGGGAUUUUGGAGGUAAGAAGGUUAAAUGAAGCUCUUAUUUCUGCCUGGGUUCCUCUAGGACAUCAUGGCCUGCUUUAGAAGCAUCUCAUCUCAAGAUUUAAGUCAUCAGUCCAAAUGCCAGGUAUACUACCAUCUGCUUAUAUUUUCCAUGUCAGAAACACAACAUAGUGAAGAAAAUCAGAUGACCCCUGAGUAGAAUACUAAAGAUAGUUCAUUGUCCCUAGUGAUUAGAAUUAAGAUAGGCAAAUAUCUUUACUGAUGGUAAAAGGGAGUUAAUCAUCUCCUUUUUGCCUCUGUUGUAAAAGUAACCUACUUCCAGAAGACAGACAGAUACACACACACACACACACACACACACACACACACACACACACACACACA